GAUCUGAAUUCUACAGUGUGUUGUUCCCAUAAAGGCCUCAUUGUAUGUGAAUAGUUUAUAAAGCAGCAUAUGACUCCCAGUGCAGGGCAGCGGCAGAUAGAGACAAGGGCCGGCAGCGCGGGGGGCUGAGCCGCGCACACUCCUGCCUGGAGACAUGAGAGCUUAGCGGGGACCCUUCUGGGCGCUCAGAAAGGACGCACUCCUCACCACAAGGCGUGAGGCACGAUGAAUUGGGCAGGCCUCUACACAGUGCUGAGUGGCGUGAACCGCCAUUCCACUGCCAUUGGGCGCAUCUGGCUUUCUGUCAUCUUCAUCUUCAGGAUCAUGGUGCUGGUGGUGGCAGCUGAGAGUGUCUGGGGGGAUGAGAAAACUGCCUUCACUUGUAACACGCAGCAGCCAGGCUGCAACAGCGUCUGCUACGACCACUUCUUCCCCAUCUCCCACGUGCGGCUGUGGGCCCUGCAGCUGAUCCUGGUCACCACACCCGCCCUGUUAGUGGCCAUGCACGUGGCCUACCAGCAGCACCAGGAGAAGAAGCUGCUGGUGCUGACAGGGCACGGCGACACCAAGCAACUGGAGGAGGUGAAGAAGCACAAGAUGCGCAUCUCAGGCUCCCUGUGGUGGACGUACAUCUGCAGCGUGAUAUUCCGACUCCUCUUCGAGGCUGUCUUCAUGUACAUCUUCUACAUGAUCUACCCUGGCUACCAGAUGAUCCGGCUGGUCAAGUGUGAGGCCUACCCAUGCCCCAACACCGUCGACUGCUUCAUCUCCCGGCCCACCGAGAAGACCAUCUUCACUGUCUUCAUGCUGGCCACCUCAGGCAUCUGCAUCAUCCUCAACAUGGCCGAGCUGGUGUACCUGGUGGUGCGGGCCUGUGCCCGCCGGGCCCAGCGGGACUCCAACCCCCCAUCAGGGAAGAGCUCCUUAUAUGGCCACAAGCUCUCCCCCGAGUACAAGCAGAAUGAGAUCAACCAGCUGCUGACGGAGCAGGACAGCUCCCUCAAGGACAUGCUGCGUCGCAAUCCAGGGCUGCAGGAGAAGAGCGAUCGCUGCUCCGCCUGCUAGAGGCGCCAGCCCCGUUGGGCAGGGCCCUGGCACACAAGGCCCGUACCCCUCAGCCCUCCACCGGGAGCCAUGGGGGACAGGCUCUGGCGGGAGAUGAAGAGCAUUGAACGGAGCCUGUUGGUACACUCACAACUGCCUGAGCUCUGGCCCUAGGACACUGCCAACUUGCGCACGGUGUCGUGCCAAGCCCUUCACCCCCCCACUGCCAUGGGCCCCCAGCCACACACAAGCCAAGUCCUUUUCACACCCUGAAACCCAUUAGAAGGGCUGGGGUGGCUGCAGAGCUCUCAGAAUUUGCCUUAAUUCAUUGUGUGAUGCCCCCCAAGCCACACUGGUGCCCCCAACAGAGGCCCUGUCUCCCAGAGGGAAAGGAGCCAUCCCCACUGCGGGGCCCAGCCAGUGGGUCCGAGCGAGGGUCAGUUUCCUGCGGCAGAGAACACCAGGUGGGGCCUGGCGGUUGGAGUACCAGAGGUGUAGACCAUUAAAGCUGUAUCUCAGGAGCUGACUCUCUCUCUCUGUCACCGGGGGUUUGGUGAGGGCUCAGGAUCCCUGGGGCAGCGGGACUGCAGGCCCCCCCAAACCUCGCCAGGUCAGCCCGCUGGGCCAGCUGCUUCCUGUCCUGCUUGGGGCAGGGCCAAGCACACACUGAACAGGGACCUGCAUCCCCCCCAGACGGCUGCCAAGCCUUCCAGGCAUCCCACGGCAGCCAGGCCCUUCCCCUGUGUCCUGCAGGCCAGCGUGGUAUCCGGGGGCUGCUCAGACCUGUCCAGCCCCGUAAUGCUGACAGAAGGCGUGCAGAGCGCCCAGGGUCUGUGAGCAGCCUGUGAGCAUCCUUGGACAGCAUGGGAUGCCUCUCCAGCACCAUGCACAGCAGGACAGCUUUCUCCCCCAGGGCCAGGCCCCAUCUCACUGCACAUGUAAGUCCCAGACCCCUGUGCCCCCUGCUCAACGGGGCACACUCACAGGCCAGAGACCACUUCAAAGCCCAGCUCUGUGACAUACCAGGGCACAAUCCAGACUAGUUGGGGGCUGUGUCACCCCUGCCCUGCGACCUUGGGUGUCUUGCUGUAGCAGCUCCCACCUGGGCCACUCACAAACAGCCUCCAGCAUGCAGGGCACCCCCUGAGUGUCUGUGUGAAACUGCACCCAGCCAGCCACACCCUAGCUCUCACCAGCCUGGGUUACACUGCGAGGUGACCCCAGCACACCCCCAGUCCUGGAUCUUCCCCCAGAAAUGUACAUUCUGUAUGCCCAGCCCUGGCCUGGACAGUGCAAAUAUAUUAAGUCCGAUAUUCCUUUAAAGGAAUAAUAUGCCAGUCUAUUACCUUAGAUAGUUCUUCAGACACUUCACUUAAACACACUGGCUUAGAUAAAACAGCCAAACAUGUUUAUUAACUACAAGGAGAGAGAUUUGAAGUGAGUACAAGUAACAAGGCAUAAAAGUCAGAAAUGGUUAGAAGAAACUAAAGAGAAGCCGUUUGGUGGUGCCUCGUUUAACAAACUACAGCAGAGUCAAGCAAAGCUUCUCACCACAUGCUGCAGCAGAUUACUGUCCAAAUGCUCAGGUCAAGACCCUCCCCAGAGUCCAACAGCUGCUUCCUUCAGCUCUUCAGGUGCAGUAAAUGUGAUUGAGGGGCAGAGGGGAGGCACAUUGGGGUGUUUGGCCCUCCUGUUUAUGGCUUCAGUCCCCCCAAAAACAUUCCCAGCUGGCACCAGGAGCCAAAAUGUCUAGACGGAAGGAUGUUCCUUGCUGUUUUUUUCUUACCUGUUUGAGCUUCAUUUCCCUGCCUGCUUGAUGAUUCUGUUUCCUGCUUAAACACAAAUGAAGCAGAGUGUGCUCCUUUGUGUGGACAGACCUGUCUGCCUGUGCUGGCAGGGAACAUGUGCUAAGCACCAUCCAGGGGAACCUACCACUGCAUGUUACCAGGAUGCUACUGACCAGCAGAUGAGUUUUCACAGGAUUCCUGCGCAAAGGUGAUUCCAAUAGUGAGCAGGUGCGAAUACAGCCCUGCCCCCCAGCCCUGUGGGUGGGGCAUGCUCACAGGCCAAGGAUCCCACGGCAGCCCAGCCCGCAGGUUGUGCAGCAUAGCCCCGGGGCAGGGCCUGUCGGCACCCAGCCCACCUGCUCACCACAGGCAACAGCCACCAGAGUUGGGGCUCAGGGGAGACAUCAAGGGACCCCCUCAGAAGCAGGGGGAGGGGCUACUCCCUGAUAGCCUGGGUGGACGCUUAGCAGGGUGGGCUGCUCCCUGCUAGCCUAGGGCUGGGGUGGGGCUCAGCAGAGGGGGCUGCUCCAUGCUAGCCUGGAGCCUGGGGGGCAGAUCUGCAAAGGGGGCUGCUCUCUGCUAGCCUGGGGCUGGGGGAGACUCAGCUGCAUGUUUCUUUCAUUUUCAUGAAUGGUUUUACGAGGUAAUUUCUCCCCUGGCUGGCUGGACAUGGGGCCCCUGAGGGGAGGGCAAAGGAGGCACUGAGCCUUACAUGUGUGGGGGGACACCAUGCUGGAGGAGAGGACGGGGGCAGCACGCUCGGGAGAGCUCCAUGCAGCUGAGGCCGUGGAGCAUGCAGGGUGCUGCGUGGUGUGGAGCAGGGACAUAGCCCAGCCCAGGCCUGUCCUGCCCCCUUGCUGACAGUACCACACUUGGGCCGCACGUGCAGCCCCUCGACCUGCCCCAGACAGACAGGGCUGCGGAGGGCGGGGCAGCAUGGUCACCACAACUGGCCCUUGCACUGAGCAGAUACAAGGGCCUUCUCCCUGCCCAGAGAGCAGCCUGGCACUGGUCGCUGUCCCCGGGUGCCGGGCAGCCCCGGGAGGCAGCAGCACAUUCCCAGCCUGCUGCAUGGCUCCAGGCACCUUCUUGCACAGAAAUGCUGGGGGCAAGCAGUGCCCCGCAGGCACAGAGACUGGCAUGAGCCAGGGGAUAGGGCACACUGAGGGGCUGAGGGAGACGCCAAGCCCUGCCAAGUGUCAUGGGGCCCCGGACACCCACAGCAGCCAGCCCCCGCCCCAUUCUGACGCUCACCCCAGCCCAGAUUACAGGAGGGCAAGGCUGGCUCACACCUGCUGCUGGGCCGAGCCGGCCACUUACCCGCCCCGCUGGGUAUAGGGUAGUGAGGCCUCAGGGCGCCAGCAGAGCACAGGGCACCACCCUCCCCUGCUGCCAAGGCUGACCCAUGCCCUGGCAGGGUGUCUGCGCUGCGCAGGCUGCAGGCAAGGAGAAUGGUGCCCCCAGAGCACCUCGCCCUAGGCCAGCACGCAGCCCCCUUCACCUACCCUGCUGUGGUACCAAUAGCCCCCCAGCCCUCCCCCCCGCUCCAGCCUCCCCAUCUCCCCAGCCCCCUGCUCCUGAGCCACCAGACCUCACCUGCCCCAUGCCAUGACUUAUCUGACGGUAAUGGCUACUGGUUGGGAAAUGUGCCAGAUGCAGGUUUUGCUGUUACACUGGCCCCACCCAGCAGCUGCAAUCAGCCCACAGGCAGAGAUCGCAUGGGGGGGGCAGUGCCCGAGGCUCCAGCAAUGACAGGGAAAUGAGUCAGUGACACAGACCCAGAGAAAACCCCCCCCCGGGCUGCAGAGGAAGGCAAACAACCCAACAUCCCUGCCAGUCUGACCUGGGGGAAAUUCCUUCUCUCCCCCCCGCGACCCCCGCACGGUGAUCACAGCCAUGGGCGUGUGAGCACGAACCAGCCUGCCACGCACCUGAGAGAGAGACUGCUCAGGGCCACCUCCAAGCCCUACCCGCCCGCCCCGGCUCCAUCUCCAGCCGUGGCCAGCCCCAAUGCUGCAGAGCCAGGAAAGGCCGACAUCCUGGGGACCACUGAGACCAGACAGGGGUUUCCUCACCACCUGCCCUGUGGCCUUGUGGCCUUUGCGCUCAUCAGCUCCCUGACACCAGUCACCUGCCCUCCAACACAAGGUCCCCCCGGCUUUCCCCCGCCUCGGCACGCUGCGGGGUGACCCAUCUCCCAAAAGCCGUACGUCCUGCGUUCUCACGGAGCAGACACGGGCUGGUUCCCUCGGGCUCAGCGCCUGGGCAGGCACAAACCCAGCCCUCAGCCCCUGCAUGCUGUGACACACCCGACACACAGUUUGCUUGGGGUGAAAACAAACAGGAAAGUCACAGGUUCAAAACUGAACUAGUGAGAGGGCCAAACGUCCGAGCUACCCAGGGAAUAGCCACAGCUGCACCCUCAGGCUUCACACCUUCACAUUAGAUACAAAUCCCUUUCCUCAGUUUCCCAGCAGGAGGCCCCAGCUCAGGGGGGUCCAGCACUCACAACCAGCCUUCCGCCACCAGACUCCCCCAAGUGCUGCAUGAAAAUGCCUCCCUUCCAAACCUGCUGUUCAAGGCUUUUUCCUAAGGCCCCGGUGACUUGUGCCUUGCUCUUGUCCAUUUCCAGUUGUUUCAGUGUCUUUCCAUCGACACUCAUGGGCCACCAUUCCCUGUUCCUGGGCGUGAGGAUAUUUCUCUGAAAACAUCCGCUCAAUGCACUGUGCGCAUCGGAGCGAACAGAACGUUAGGAACCAAUGAAAAGGGAUAGCUAAAGACAGUAAAAAUCAUAUUGUCACUAUAUAAAUCCAUGGUAUGCCCACAUCUUGAAUACUGUGUGCAGUUCUGGUUGCCCAUUCUCAAAAAAGCUAUAUUAGAAUUGGAAAAGGUGCAGAGAAGAGCAACAAAAAUGAUGAGGGGUGUGGAGCAGCUUCCGUAUGAGGUGUGAUGAAAAAGACUGGGACUGUCUCUCAGAAAAGAGACGACUAAGGGGCGAGUUGACAGAGGUCUAUAAAAGCAUGACUGGGGGGGAGAAAGUGACUAGGGAUGUGUUAUUUACCCCUUCGCAUAACCCAAGAACCAGGGGGCACCCAAUGAAAUUACUAGGCAGCAGGUUUAAAACAAACAAAAGGAAGUAUUUCUUCACACAAUGCACAGUCAAUGUAGGAACUUGUUGCCAGGGGAUGCUGAGCAGGCCAAAACGAUAACUGGGUUCACAAAAGCAUGAGA